UCAACCAGAUCUGUAAAUUAUGAUCCUAAAACGUAUGGUCUGAAUCAACUGAUUGAUAGCUGUUGAUACUAGUUCGUCUAUAUGAUACCAGAUCUAGCCUGUUUGAUCCUUUAACUAUAGUUUUUGCAGUGUUUACAAAUGGUUUGGUUUGUUUGGAGAGAAAUGUCGCACUACAGAACGCGACAGUUUUAAAUAUUUUUGAAGAUGUCGCGCUUUUGAUCCCAUCUCUUCUCUCUCUUUAUAAAAGUUUGUUUUCUGAAAAAUUAAUGGUAUAACCCAUAUUUAACCAGUUUAACCAUUAUAGCUUACAAUCAAUUUUCAAGAUGGCUACUAAGAAUAAGAAGAAUGUCAGCAUUCAAGCAAAGGCUGAAUCAAAGGUGGAAUCAAAAAUAGAGAAAGUUGAACAAGUUAAACCUUCUAGACCAUUACGCUCUACUAUACAAUUUCGUAUAAUGGUUGGUUCUUAUGAACAUAACUUAUUAUGUCUUUCAGUCAUACUAGACCCAAAUUCAAAGAAAGAUCCAAUCUUCCAACCUAUAUUUCAUUUCCAAGCUCAUUCUUUAUCAAUUAAAUCCAUGGAUAUAGCUAAGAGAUAUUUAGUUACAGGAUCUAAUGAUGAACAUAUCAGAAUUUAUGAUUUACAAAAGAGAAAGGAAUUAGGUAAUUUAUUAAGUCAUCAAGGUACUGUAACCACCUUAAAAUUCUCUACUGAAAUCGAUAAUACCAAAACAUCAGUCUCUACUGAAAAGUCAGGUAAAUGGCUAUUAUCUGGUUCAGCUGAUGGUAAGAUUAUAAUAUGGAGAACUAAAGAUUGGGAAGUGUUUGGAACUUUGAAGGGACAUCAAGCCAAAGUAAAUGAUUUAGCUAUUCACCCAACUGGAAGAGUUGCUAUUUCAGUAUCAGAAGAUAAGACUAUUAGAUUAUGGAAUUUAAUGACUGCUAAAAAAGCAGCUGUAUUGAAAAUUAAAGGUAGAGAUCAUUUAGGUCAAAGUGGUGAGUUUGUGAGAUGGUCAGUUAAUGGUGAUUAUUUCUUAGUAGGAUUAUUAGAUCAAAUCUUAGUUUAUCAUACUACCACUGCUAAAAUUGUUAAAAAAUUGGCCUUUAAAUCAACUUUAAUGAAUUUUGAAAUUAUAAAUAUUGAUGGUACAGAAUGGUUAAUAACCGGUCAUGGAAAUGGAACCAUUGAUUUCUUUAAAUUACAUGAUCAAGUCAUAUCUAAAUUAAAUAGUGAAGAUAAAGAAGAAUCAAAAGUUUGGGAAUCUACUUCAGAAACUUUAGAACCAAUUUUCCAAUUCAGAGGUCAUACUAAUAGAAUAAAAGGAUUCACCUACUUCAAUGAUCCUGUUGAAACUAAUGGAAUUCCAUUAUUGAUUUCGGUUUCAUCUGAUGGUAAGAUUGUGGUUUGGAAUUUGUCUGAAUCAGUGAGAGAUCAAAUUGCAAUUUAUGAUACUGGUGAAAGAUUGAAUUGUGUAUCUGCUUGUCCAGAACAUGUUGAAAAAAUGGAAACUAUGAAGAGACGUUUCAAUACUCUUGAAGAAAUAAAUGGUGCUAAUAAAGCUGAUGAACUUGGUGGUGUUAGUGAAUCUGAAUAUGAAACUGAUGGUGAAGAAAUCAGAAAAAUGAUAUUAAAGGGUAAAAAGAAAGGUAAGAAGAAUAAGAAUAAGAAGACAAAAGUUAGUGUUACUUUAGAAUAGAUUAAUCCUGUAUUAUAAAUAAAAUAAAAUAAUAAUAACGUGUAUUUUUAAG